UGCUCUUGUUUCUCUGGGGAGCCGGAAUGAUUUCCUCCCGGUGUUUCUCCCUCUAGGCUGAAGACCCGCCAUGCCCAGCGACCCGUGAGGAAGAGGAGGAGGUGGUCCGUGUGCUGACUCUGCCUCUGCAGGCUCACCACGCAAUGGAGAAGAUGGAAGAGUUCGUGUAUAAGGUGUGGGAAGGGCGCUGGCGUGUGAUCCCCUACGACGUGCUGCCCGACUGGCUGAAGGAUAACGAUUACCUCCUGCAUGGACACAGACCUCCGAUGCCGUCCUUCCGAGCCUGCUUCAAGAGCAUCUUCCGAAUACACACCGAGACGGGCAACAUCUGGACGCACUUGCUAGGUUUCGUGUUGUUCCUCUGCUUGGGGAUCCUGACCAUGUUGCGGCCCAACAUGUAUUUCAUGGCUCCUCUCCAGGAGAAGGUGGUGUUUGGGAUGUUCUUUCUCGGAGCAGUGCUGUGCCUCAGCUUCUCCUGGCUUUUCCACACUGUCUACUGUCAUUCGGAGAAGGUCUCACGGACUUUUUCAAAGCUGGAUUAUUCAGGAAUUGCACUGCUGAUCAUGGGGAGCUUCGUCCCGUGGCUCUAUUACUCGUUCUACUGCUCCCCGCAGCCAAGACUCAUCUACCUCUCUAUCGUCUGUGUCCUGGGCAUCUCUGCGAUCAUCGUUGCUCAGUGGGACCGUUUUGCGACCCCCAAGCACAGGCAGACAAGAGCAGGCGUCUUUCUGGGAUUGGGGCUGAGUGGCGUCGUGCCGACGAUGCACUUCACCAUUGCUGAAGGGUUUGUGAAAGCCACCACCGUUGGCCAGAUGGGCUGGUUCUUCCUCAUGGCCGUGAUGUACAUCACGGGAGCAGGGCUUUACGCCGCCCGCAUACCCGAGCGCUUCUUCCCGGGCAAGUUUGACAUCUGGUUCCAGUCGCAUCAGAUCUUCCACGUCCUUGUGGUAGCUGCAGCCUUUGUCCACUUCUAUGGCGUCUCGAACUUGCAGGAAUUUCGUUACGGACUCGAAGGGGGGUGCACAGAUGACUCUCUCCUCUGAGAACACCUGGUGAUUUUAGUACAAGCUUCCUAAGUGCUUUUUAAACUCUGUCUUUGCUAAAAAAAAAAAAAA